AUUAAUCAGCAGUCAUUCCGCUUCAGAUUUUAUUCAGAAAAAUCAAAAAGCCCGCCUUGCGUAUUGAUACUGAUAUUUCAGUAUUUUGAUACUUUCGAAGCAUAUGACAACCAUUUAAAGCAUGUUUACAUUAAGAAGUUCAAUUAUAAUGUGUCUUUAUCAUUAGAUAAUUAUAGAAAUGUAUGUAAAUUAUGUAAAUUUAAAGUAAACCGAAACUAAAUCACUGUUGUGUUUAGUUACCAGUACUUUAUCCUUAAAAAACAUGACAUCUUGUGCCAUUACUGCUUACAAAGCUUUAAAUGGAAUCCUUUGUGUUUAUAAACCUUCUCGCAUUGGUUUAUCAAGUAUAUCUGAAAGAAUUCGUAAAGUCAUCGCAGGUGAUCUAAAUUCAAUGGAAACAAGACCUGUCUCAUCAAGAGUUGUUAUUGAUGGUCUUCUUUCGAGGGACGAAAACUUGACAGUCAGGACAGUUAUGAAUUAUGCUGAUCACCCUUUGGUUGUGGGUCCUAGAUACCAAUUGAAAGAUAUAAGAUUAUUCAGUGUUCAUACUCUUGAUUGGAUGUCAUCUGGUGUCAUUCCUUUCGGCAUUGGAGCAUCUGGUUGUUAUCACGCUAGAAAACUACAAAGAUCUAAUCCUAUUCGAUGUUACGAAGUCACUGGGAGACUUGGAUAUGCGACAGCAUCUUUUGACUUUUCAGGAGAAGUGCGUGAAAAGUCGACUUAUGAACACGUAACGAGAGGUAAACUGGAAUCUGUUCUUAAUAAAAUGGAAUCCAACCAUCAGACUUUGAUGUACACUACAGCUGCAGUUGACAUUGGUUCUCAAGAAGCCUAUGAAAUUGCCUCUAAAGGUUUAUUGAGGCCAGCACAUCGUAAAAGUAUGCCGAUAAUAUAUUCCAUUAAACUCAUUGAAUUCAAACCGCCAGAUUUUACCGUAGAGCUUCAGGUUGUUAAUGAAUGGCCAAUUUUUCUUAAAAGAAUGGUUCAUGAGAUUGGAAUCAAAUUGAAAACUAAUGCUACCUGUAUUCGAUUGAGAUGCACAAGAUUUGGUAAAUAUACUGUUGAUGAUGCCCUGUUACCUUUCCACAUUGAUCUUGAAAGUGCAAUUAAUUCGUUGGAAUAUUACGAUUUGAAGCAAAAGAAAUUUGUGCGCCCGGUUAAUGAAGAUAAAUUUGACGAUGACUUUAAUGAUUCAUUUGAAGAAGAGCCUGAAGAGGCAAUGACCUUUAAGUUUGAACAAGAUGCUGAUGGAUGGGUUGACAAUGACUGUCACUUUGAUGCAGAUAGAAUAUGAUGUCAUUAAUUUCAUAUUAAAUGAUUUGAUUAGUUUUUGUAAAAAUUUUUAGUAUUAAUCUAAAUCUAAUCUAUCUAAUAAAAUUAUUGUAAAAUUAGACAACUAAUAAAUUCGCAUUUUUGGAUAUUCAA